GUAUAAGCGCCGUCGCCUCAAAGCAGCUGAGUGCACAAGCCGACAGGUGUUUGAGGCUCUGAGCGCUACGUCAGCUUAGCUGCAGAGUGUACGCGCGCAUUCCGAGGUGGGCUAGCUUUAUUCGUCAGGAAGCAGCAGGCUCGACAGCUCUCAGGACCCGCACGAAAACGUCUCUCCAAGUAGCAGGUUGCAGGUUGCACCAAACCAGAGUUCCUCCUAGACGCAAGUGCCGCUAAGGUAUCUGCAAGCAUGGACGACGGAUUCGAUCCAUGCGAGUGCAUCUUCAGCCAUGAUGCCGCCAUGCAGCGACUCAUCUCAUUGCUGCGGAGCUCUCAGUCCGCCUGCACGGACUCUGAAUGCCUACAAGACAUGCCAGCGAUGCAGCAGGCUGCCGGUGGCUCUGGCUUCUUUCUGGUCAUGGUAGGGUGGAUGUUGCUGGCCAUGGCGCUGUACUACUUGCGCCCCAACUCACUGAGGAACCGCGGUGAUGGCAAGCCCGACCGACAGGGUCCAAGCAACGAGCCCCCCAGCGGCUCGGUCUUCUGAGGGACAACCCCAGAGCCCAGCCCAGCCCCUAAUGGAAAAUGACCAAGAGCUUUAGUUGGCGGCACGGGGGAAGGGAACACCGUUGUACUAAUAACUGUCCUGGGCUUGUUUAUUUUGGGGGAACCACCACCACCACCGCCACUCACAAUAUACCUGUCAAGUAUGUGUACAUAACGUGUACAUAAUACGCAUGCACUGCUCUUACUUACGGGACACUGGUGAAAAAUGUACACAGAAAAGCUAUGGACCACGGUAUGCACACGAUUAGGAACUGCACGUGCAAAACUGUUGUUGCAGAACCACGCGCUUGUGUAUAUACUAUGCUGCACGUCUUUCGCACAGCAGGCGUUGUUUUGUGGGAUUUAACUGGGAAGUGUUUUACCUUUCUUUGUUACUUUAGCUUGGAAUGAUAUACGCACAUUUUUGUUGCCCCAUCUUUUUUCUUUAUCUCUCUCUCUUCAAUUUGGGAGCUGUUCACUUGUUGUUCAGACCUUGCACUAGACUUUUUUUUUAUUUUAAGCGACUGUACAGUGGAAUGUGCUCUUUCGCCCUGUGCCCAAACGACCAAGAUAUGUAUGAAGACAAAGACUCGUUUUGGAUCAUUUGCAAAAUAAAAUUUGUGGCUGGAUGA